CAAGGAGGGGCUCACAGUGUCCCUUUGUUUCUUGGGAAUUACGUUAGAAGUGAAAGAUCUAGCAAAGAGUUGAACCCAGUAGUCACAUGAGCAGUUAUUGCUACAAACCUGCAUUUAACUGUUACAAUUUUAACUUUCCCAUGAGGCAGUGAAGACUCAAACAAUUCAAAUGAACCCCCCCCUUUCUACAUCAUUUUCACCAAACAAUCAAAAGAAAGGAAAACAAAUUUUGAAACAAACAACUAAAGGAGUGUUUGCUAUAUACAUAUAAGAAGUAGAUAGUCAUUUUAGUCAGUUGGAAGCCACAUGGUGGCGCUGCAGGCUAAAGGGACAGAAGAAAUAUUAAACUGAGGCUGCAAUUAUGUAAAUAACCUAACAAAAAAAGGAACAUCCUGACCGGUGGACUAAGAAGAAAAGCUGCAGUGCUCAGAGUUGAGAAGGAGGGUGAGGGAUCCCAGAUCACGGCUGCUACACGGACUAUCUGAGGUUUAUGACUGCUGGGAUCUGUGGCUGAGACCUUGAGUAAGGAAGAAAUAAUGAAGGCCAGAGCGUUAUGCUUCCUUAAACAAAGGCAAGUCCUUUUUCUCUUUCUGUUCUGGGGAGUAUGCUUAACAGGUUCUGAGUUUGGACAUUAUUCUGUGACUGAGGAGACAGAAAGGGGAUCACUUGUGGUCAAUCUGGCAAAGGAUCUGGGGCUAGAAGUGGAAGAGCUUGUGGCAAGGAGAACUAGGGUGAUUUCUGAUGAUAACAAAAGGCACUUGUUCCUGGAUUCUCAUACUGGAGAUUUGCUCACAAAUGAGAAGCUAGACAGGGAGAGGCUGUGUGGCUCCAUAGAGCCCUGUAUACUGUCUUUCCAAAUUUUAAUGGAUAACCCCUUUCAGAUUUCCCGGGCUGAGCUGAGAAUCCUGGAUAUAAAUGACCAUUCACCAGCAUUUCAGAACAAAGAAAUGAUUUUAAAAAUACCAGAAAAUACACCUGUGGGGGCAGUGUUCCAAUUAGAAAGAGCACAAGAUUCCGAUGGAGGACAUAAUAAUGUCCAAAACUAUACCAUUAACCCCAACUAUUUUUUCCAUAUCACAAUCAGUGGUGGUGAUGAAGGAAAGAUAUACCCAGAGCUUGUCCUGGACAAAGCUUUGGAUUGGGAGGAUCAGCAGGAGUUCAGUUUAACACUCACAGCCCUCGACGGUGGGUUUCCACCCAGAUCUGGAACAGCCACUGUACAUGUGGUAGUUUUGGACAUCAAUGAUAAUGCCCCACAGUUUUCCCAGAAAUUGUAUGAGAGCCAAGCUCCAGAAAACAGUCCAGUAGGGUUCCUUGUUGUGAAAGUCUCUGGAAAAGAUGUAGACUCAGGAGUCAAUUCAGAAAUAUCCUAUUCUUUUUUUGACGCUUCUGAAGAUAUUCGAACAACCUUUCAGAUAAAUUGUUUUUCUGGAGAAAUCUUUCUCCGAAGCUUGCUUGAUUACGAGUUAGUAAAGUCCUACAAACUGAAUAUACAGGCAGUUGAUGGUGGGGGCCUUUCUGCGAAGUGCACAGUUUUGGUUCAGGUACUACACAUCAAUGACAACUCCCCUGAACUGACCAUAUCAUCGCUCUCCCACGACAUUGUUGAGAACUCCCCUGAAACCGUGCUGGCAGUAUUCAGGAUUAAUGACAGAGACUCUGGAGAAAAUGGAAAGAUUAUUUGCUACAUUCAAGAAAAUUUACCUUUCCUUCUGAAGCCAUCUGUAGAGAACUUUUACACAUUAGUGACAAAGGGACCACUGGACAGAGAGAGCAGAGACGAGUACAACAUCACCAUCACCGUCUCAGAUAUGGGCACACCCAGGCUGAAAACGGAGCACAACAUAACAGUGCAGGUGUCCGACGUGAACGACAACGCCCCAGCCUUCAGCCAAACCUCCUACACCCUGUUGGUCCCAGAGAACAACAGCCCCGGCCUGCACAUAGGCACAGUGAGCGCCACAGACACAGACUCAGGCACCAAUGCCCAGAUCACCUACUCGCUGCUGCCGCCCCAGGAAGGCGACCAAGACCCGCAGCUGGCCCUCGCCUCGCUGCUGUCCAUCCACGCGGACAGCGGGCAGCUGUUCGCCCUGCGCGCGCUGGACUACGAGGCGCUGCGGGCCUUCGAGUUCCGCGUGGGCGCCGCCGACCGAGGCUCGCCCGCGCUCAGCAGCCAGGCGCUGGUGCGCGUGCUGGUGCUGGACGCCAACGACCACGCGCCCUUCGUGCUCUACCCGCCGCACAACGCGUCGACGCCCUGCACCGAGCUGCUGCCCAGGGCGGCCGAGCCCGGCUACCUGCUCACCAAGGUGGUGGCGGUGGACGGCGACUCGGGCCGCAACGCCUGGCUGUCCUUCCAGCUGCUGCAGGCCAGCGAGCCCGGGCUGUUCAGCGUGUGGGCGCACAAUGGCGAGGUGCGCACCGCCAGGCUGCUGAGCGAGCGCGACGCGCCCAGGCACAGGCUGCUCGUGCUGGUCCAGGACAAUGGCGAGCCGCCGCUGUCGGCCAGCGUCACGCUGCACGUGCUGCUGGUGGACGGCUUCUCGCAGCCCUACCUGCCCGUGGCCGAGGGCGCGCGCGACCAGGCGCCGCCCGACGCGCUCACUGUCUACCUGGUCAUCGCCCUGGCGUCCGUGUCUUCGCUCUUCCUCUUCUCUGUGCUCGUGUUGGUGGCAGUCAGGCUGUGCAGGAGGAGCGGGGCGUCCUCGCUGGGCGGCUGCUCUCUGCCUGAGGGCCACUUUCCUGGACACCUGGUGGACGUCAGCGAUGCGGGGACGCUGUCCCACAGCUACCAGUAUGAGGUGUGUCUGAUGGGAGGUUCUGCUGGUACUAAUGAGUUCAAGUUCUUGAAACCUAUUUACCCUAACAUUCAUACAAAUGGUUUUGAAAGAAAUUAUGAAAAACAGCCCCCUCAUUUCUACUACAAAGGAGCUAUGGAGAACAGAGGUGAAGGCAGUCUGCAGACAAGGCAAGUCCUGAUUUUCUUUGUUUUGCUGGGAAUGUCUCUGGAGGACUCUGAGCCUGGAAUCUUUUCAGUGGUGGAGGAAAUGCAGAGCGGGACCUUGGUAGGCAAUUUGGCAAAAGACCUGGGACUGGAGGUGGGAGAGUUGUCUUCAAGAGGGACUCAGAUUGUCUCUUAUGGUAAGAAGCAGCCUUUGCAGUUGAACAUAAAUACUGGGGAUUUGAUUUUAACUGAAACACUAGACCGGGAGGAGCUCUGUGGUUCCACUGAGCCCUGUGUGCUGUAUUUCCAGGUGUUAAUGAAAAAUCCCUUACAGUUUUUGCAAAUUGAGCUCCAGGUCAGGGAUAUAAAUGACCACUCUCCCAUCUUCUUGGAAAAAGAAAUGGUGCUAGAGAUCCCUGAGAAUAGUCCUGUUGGUGCUGUGUUUUUACUGGAAAGUGCAAUGGAUUUAGAUGUAGGAAUCAACGCUGUAAAACGCUAUCUAAUAAACCCAAAUCCUUAUUUCCACAUUAAUAUGAGAGUUGAUCCAGAUGAUAGGAAAUACCCAGAGUUAGUUAUGGACAAAGCACUGGAUUACGAAGAGCAGCCCCAGCUCAGUUUUAUCCUCACAGCUUUGGAUGGUGGGUCCCCACCGAACUCUGGGACUACCUUGGUUCAAGUGGUGGUUGUGGAUAUUAAUGACAAUGCCCCCGAGUUUGCGCAUGCAUUCUAUGAAGUGAAGAUUCCAGAGAAUAGCAUCCUUGGUUCACUAGUAACCACCGUUUCUGCUUGGGAUUUAGACUCUGGAAUGAAUGGGGAAAUAUCAUACACCUUCUCCCAUGCAUCAGAAAAUAUUCGAAAGACAUUUGCAAUCAAUAAAAAGUCUGGAGAAAUCACCUUAAUAGCAUCCCUGGACUUUGAAACAAUAAAAUCAUACUCAAUAAUCAUUCAAGCUACAGAUGGGGGAGGACUCUUUGGAAAAGCAACAGUAAGAAUUCAAGUAGAGGAUGUGAAUGACAAUCCUCCAGAAAUUGCUGUGUCAUCAAUUAGCAGUACAAUACCAGAAAAUUCAGCUGACACUAUAAUUAUGGUUUUUAAUAUCCAAGAUAAAGACUCUGCUGAGAACGGGAGAAUGAUUUGUUCUAUUCAGAAAGAUCUCCCAUUUGUGCUAAAAUCCUCAGUUAAAAAUUACUACACCUUAGAAUCAGAGGGACCACUGGACAGAGAGAGCAGAGACGAGUACAUCAUCACCAUCACCAUCUCAGACAUGGGCACACCCAGGCUACAAACGGAGCACAACAUAACAGUGCAGGUGUCCGACGUGAACGACAACGCCCCAGCCUUCAGCCAAACCUCCUACACCCUGUUGGUCCCAGAGAACAACAGCCCCGGCCUGCACAUAGGCACAGUGAGCGCCACAGACACAGACUCAGGCACCAAUGCCCAGAUCACCUACUCGCUGCUGCCGCCCCAGGAAGGCGACCAAGACCCGCAGCUGGCCCUCGCCUCGCUGCUGUCCAUCCACGCGGACAGCGGGCAGCUGUUCGCCCUGCGCGCGCUGGACUACGAGGCGCUGCGGGCCUUCGAGUUCCGCGUGGGCGCCGCCGACCGAGGCUCGCCCGCGCUCAGCAGCCAGGCGCUGGUGCGCGUGCUGGUGCUGGACGCCAACGACCACGCGCCCUUCGUGCUCUACCCGCCGCACAACGCGUCGACGCCCUGCACCGAGCUGCUGCCCAGGGCGGCCGAGCCCGGCUACCUGCUCACCAAGGUGGUGGCGGUGGACGGCGACUCGGGCCGCAACGCCUGGCUGUCCUUCCAGCUGCUGCAGGCCAGCGAGCCCGGGCUGUUCAGCGUGUGGGCGCACAAUGGCGAGGUGCGCACCGCCAGGCUGCUGAGCGAGCGCGACGCGCCCAGGCACAGGCUGCUCGUGCUGGUCCAGGACAAUGGCGAGCCGCCGCUGUCGGCCAGCGUCACGCUGCACGUGCUGCUGGUGGACGGCUUCUCGCAGCCCUACCUGCCCGUGGCCGAGGGCGCGCGCGACCCGGCGCCGCCCGACGCGCUCACUGUCUACCUGGUCAUCGCCCUGGCGUCCGUGUCCUCGCUCUUCCUCUUCUCUGUGCUCGUGUUGGUGGCGGUCAGGCUGUGCAGGAGGAGCGGGGCGUCCUCGCUGGGCGGCUGCUCUCUGCCUGAGGGCCACUUUCCUGGACACCUGGUGGACGUCAGCGGGGCGGGGACGCUGUCCCACACCUACCAGUAUGAGGUCUGUCUGAUGGGAGGUUCUGCUGGUGCCGAUGAGUUCAAGUUCUUGAAACCUAUUGUUCCUAACCUCUUGCCCCAAUGUUCUGGAAAAGAAAUAGAGGAAUCUUCUACUCUCCACAAUAAUUUUGGGUUAAAUAGUGACCAUAAUUGAUGUUGCAUUGUAUUUCGAAUACUCCACUCCAAACCAAUAUUUAUUUCUUCUAAUUUGCAUGUAGUUCAAAUUGUACUCAUUUUUACAUUUUAUGUCCUUAAUCUCCGUGCUGAGUUUUAGUUAUAGUUGUAAUGAGGUUGUAAUUUAGCCUCUAAUCCAGACAUAUUAUUUGUAAAUAAUUUACCAUCUUACAGAACCCAAAAUGAUUUUUUUUGUCCGUAUUCCUAUGUCCAGUUGACUGUGCACCUGAAAUUAUACUCGUGGGAAAAUAAACAGAUCACUUUAACAGUG